GGGCACCUUGCAGAAAAUUCCAUCAUUCGUUAGCGCAUCUUGUAUCUUCAUUAAUUACGUAUAAUUGGAUACACAGACCGCCGACAAUAAGAUCAUUUUGUUGCAAAUAUAUUUAUUACAAAUGAAUAGGAAUAAUUCUUUUCUAAGUGAAAUAAAACGAAUUUAAUUUGUGCCAAAUUCGAAAAACUAUUUCUAUAGAAAAUGGAUUUAAAUUAAGCCGACAUAUUCUUUUUCACUUUCUGAUUAAAAGAAGAAAAGAAUAAUAUGUGAAGUAUUGUUUAUUCAAAGGAAAUGAAGAAUUAAUACAUGUUAUGUAUAUUAAUAGCAAAUCUGUGAAUUGAAAAAUACGUCUUCGGAAUUGUAAAUUUAUAAAAUGAAGAAAGAAGGGAAGAAGAGACGGUCGGACGAAGAUCCGAAUGUUUCCGACACAGACAGCGGGUGCUCGAACGAUUCUUUCAACGACAGGAAGAGACGGAAAUUGUCCCCAUCACGUGAAAUGGACAAUGCGGACUUACAACCUGACGGAAAGCCCCGAACUCAUGCGAACGCACGAGAACGCGAUCGAACGCAAAGUGUCAAUACGGCGUUUGUUACAUUGCGGACCUUAAUUCCGACGGAACCAGCAGACAGGAAGUUAUCUAAGAUUGAAGUGCUCAGACUCGCCACCAGUUAUAUAGCUCAUUUAAAUACUGUGUUAAUGGUUGGGGCUGAUUGCCUUGACCAACCUUGCAUAAAGCACCAAGCAAUGCUGCGGGGUGGGAUGGACUGUAUGCCAAAAGCCGUCUGUACCUUCUGCCUUAGUAACAGUAGAACUCGUCCGCUGAAACCAGAAAGUUGUAUGUAUAAAGACAUCCGCCAUGCAAUGCCAAUGCACGUGAGGAGAUGAGAACGUUUCUGCUGACGUCAAAAUCGUCGGUUCAUCAUCAGACAUCAAAGAUUCGUAACAGCGUACAACAGAUGUAUACAAGUUACGUAAUUUAAAAGAAUCAUUCUUUACAAUAAAAAUAAUUCUGGCAUAAAUUGCUUUAGUGAUAGCCCGGAGCCCGAGUUCAGUUCUAUACGACAUGUACCUACCUUCAGUGUGUGACCAAAGACCCCCUUUUGCUUUUGAUGUCGUGAAAAAAAAAAGAAUACACACAUUUUAACAUAAAAAAAUAAUGGCAUAGACCGGACUUUGGCAAAACUGAGAAAGUGAAAUACACCAUUAUGUGUGAGGCAAGUAAAAUAAAGGAAUAUCAAAAAGAGAUUACCAAACAAUUUCUACAAUAUUCCUAUGGAGGCCUUUCGUAUAUACCAGUCGUGUUUUCUGUUAUCACCAGUUUACCAUGGUGCAGUGGAAUAUUUUAUGGUUCCAAGAGAUCAUUCUUAUCCGACAAAGGUUAGACAUAGUCCAUGGAACCAUGGUAGAAAGCUGGACACAUGUAGAAAAGGAAAUAAAUAAUGGGAAAUGCUAAAGAAUAUGAGAAGUAGAUGUAAACGUAAUACAUGUCUAUUAAACUUUCCGCGGAAUAUAUUGAGGAAUACUGUGAAAUCAUUAAUAUUCGUAGGGGACUAAUUUUCAUGGAUUUCGUGGUUGAGUCAAUCCACGAAAUUUAGCCCCAACGAACAAGUUAAAUUCCCAUUCAUUUUAUGUUCAAAAGUUGAAAUCAACGAAUUCAUAUCCCCACGAAAUUGCUGUUUUGAUCAAAACCACGACAUUUUAUGCCCACGAAAUUAAAUAAUUGUACAGUAAUGGUAAACUAUUAUAUGUUUCUAAAUAUUUAACUUCAUAUUUAACACAUCUACAUACGAAAAGAAAGCCUUUUCGUCAUUAUGAUCCCUUUUCCCUGUCAGAAACAUUGAUGUAAUAAAAAAUACAUAUGAGCCUCGCCAAGAGAAAAACAACAUAGUGCGUUUGCGACCGGUAUGGAUCCAGACCAGCCGACGAAUCGGCGCAGUCUGACCAGGAUCCAUGCUGUCCACUGAUGGUUUCUGUAAUUGCAAUAGGCUUUGAAAGCGAACAGGAUGGAUCCUGACCAGACUGCGCGGAUGCGCAGGCUGGUCUGGAUCCAUGCUGGUCGCAAACGCACUAUGUUGGUUUUCUCAUGGCGCGGCUCCUAUGUUGUGCCUUUACUUAACACACGCGUGGCAAUUUCUUUAAAAAAAUGAAACAUUUGGCUGUCAUUUAUUUAUUGAAUCGAGUAACUUUCGAUAUCAAAAGCUCAACAUUUUGUUUCGUGAAUUUCUUCGUACGCUUGCAUGAAACAUGUACAAGCCAUUCUUGAGAGCCAUAGUAGGUUUAACUUGAUUGUUUUUUGUCAAAAUUGCAUAUUUUGUACACUUUUGUAUGAGUUUCAGUAUCGUGAAAAUUUCGGAAUUCGUUGUGAAGACGAAUUAUUUUCAAACUGGUGUUUUUCAUGAUAACUAAGAUAUUUUGAUAGCAAUUCCAAUACAAAUGUUCAGCACAUAUUUUCAAACUUUUUGUUGCCAGAAAUACCGAAAUUUGAAAUAAUUCAUCACGUUUACUGAAACUUUUAAUCGUAAUUUCUAACUAACUAAAUAUAUUUGUGUUUUGUUUGACUUUAAGGUAGCGGUUCAGUAAUGAAAAUCAGUAAAUUACGUAUUUUUCCGUGUGUGAUUUUGGCAUUUUCCGGCAUUGAGCAACUAAACGUCCGAAGACUGCCGAAGUACGAAAAUACGUAAUCAUGCGAAAAUUGACAAAUGAGAUUACGGGCCGUUGCCUUAUUUUUU